AUGGGAGGAUGCUGCAUGUCGACCGAGGCCAGGGAGGUGAAGAACAUCAGCGGCGAAAUCGAGAAGCAGCUGAGGAGAGACAAGAACAACUGUCGCAGGGAGCUUAAACUGCUCCUCUUAGGCACGGGCGAGAGCGGCAAAAGCACGUUCAUCAAACAGAUGCGGAUCAUCCACGGAGGAGGAUACAACGAGGAGGACAAAUGCAAAUAUGCUAAAUUGGUCUACCAAAACAUCUACGCGUCCAUGCAGACCAUGAUCCGAGCCAUGGAGAUGCUGCACAUCCCUUUCCACGACGCGCGCCAGCAGAUGAGCGCCAACAUCCUGCUGGAGGUCGAGGUGGUCAAAGUCGACCACUUGGAUCAGGAGUACGUGGCGGCCAUCAGGGGAUUGUGGAACGACGGCGGCUUUCAGGAAUGCUUCGAUCGCCGCCGGGAGUACCAGUUGUCCGACUCCACCAAAUACUAUCUGACAGAACUGGAUCGCAUCUCGCAGCCCUCCUACGUACCCAACCUUCAGGAUAUCCUGCGGGUCCGCAUUCCCACCACAGGCAUCAUCGAGUACCCCUUCGACAUGGAGAGUGUCAUCUUCAGGAUGGUGGAUGUAGGCGGUCAGCGGUCCGAGCGCAGGAAGUGGAUCCACUGCUUCGAAGGCGUUACAUCCAUCAUGUUCCUGGUGGCGCUCAGCGAGUACGACCAGGUGCUGGUGGAGUGCAACAAUGAGAACCGCAUGGAGGAGAGCAAGGCCCUGUUCAGGACCAUCAUCACAUACUCAUGGUUCCAGAGAUCCUCCGUCAUCCUCUUUCUCAACAAAACCGACCUCCUCCGGGAGAAGAUCCUGAACUCCCAUCUGGCCGACUACUUUCCGCAGUUCUCCGGGCCUCGUCGGGACGCGUGUGCGGCUCAGGAGUUCAUCCUGAAGAUGUACCAGGAACAAAACCCGGACAAGGACAAGAAGUUCUACCCGCACUUCACCUGUGCCACCGACACGGAGAACAUCCGCUUCGUGUUCGCCGCAGUCAAGGACACCAUCCUGAGACAGAACCUCCAGGUCUUCAACCUGCUCUAA